UGUUUCCGUCCAUCGACAUACUGUAUUUGGGUCGAUACCUAUCUUUCCAUCCUCAGUAAAAUUAAGAAGAAAUUAUCCCAAAACUCGACACUGAAAGGGCCGUCGGAAGAGAACGAUGGCUAUGGCCAUAGGCAGCUUGAGUCGUUUCUGUGGAGUUGAUUGUAGACUAACAAACCCUCCACCAUUUCUUUCCUUCUCCUCGUCCUCUGCUGCUUCUCUCUCUCAUCACCAUCCUCCUCUCAGAUACGCCGUGCUUGGUGCUGGGUUUGCUGGGCUCUCUGUUGCAUGGCAUUUGCUCACUCAGGUGGCUAAGGACUUGAAUGUCUGCAUCGACAUAUAUGAUGAAUUUGGGGUUGGGGGAGGUGCUUCUGGUGUUUCUGGAGGUCUUCUUCAUCCUUAUUCCCCCAAAGCUAAGCUUCUCUGGCGGGGUGCUGAGUGUUGGAACGAAUCCAUGAAGCUUUUGAGCGUUGCCGAAGCAGCAAUGGGUUUUAAGGAAACUGCACAACUUGAUCCUGAGUUCCAAGGCCUCAUAGUUCGCAGAAGGGGCAUCUUGAGACCAGCAGUGAGCAUGAAGAACCUGACCUUGUUUAAUGAAAAUGCUCAGAAUUGCCUUGCCAGUUGCAGAAUAGAGAAAGUUGACGAGGAUGCUGCCCAAACUCUUGUACCCAAUCUAUCUCUACCUUUCAACACAGCAUUCUAUAUGCCAGAAGCUGUAAAUAUCCAUCCCCAACGCUAUCUCCAGGCACUCUACUUAGCUUGUGAAAGUUUAGUUAAAGAGUCAUGCUAUUCUGGUUUUGGAGGAAAAGAACUAUAUUUUCACAAGAAAUCUGUGCACAAACUCCUCGACUUAAAAGGGGAGUACCAGGCAGUAAUAAUAUGUCUAGGUGCCAAAGCAGACACACUACCUGAGCUCUCUGGAAAGCUUCCUCUAAGGAUGUGCAGAGGUGUUGUUGCGCACCUUCAGCUGCCUGAUGAUAUAGGAGAAGAGUAUCCAGAUCAUGGACCCUCAAUAUUGUCAGAUGCUUGGCUAGCGAUCCAGGGGCGUCGUAGCUUAUAUAUGGGAUCUACUUGGGAUUGGAAAUCAAGAAAUUCAUCCCCAAAUGUCUCAACUGCAGAAGCAUCAGAAGCACUCAAGGAACUUCUGCCAAAGGCAUAUGCCAUUUAUCCAGAUCUAAAGAAAUGGGUGUUUGCUGAAGCUAGGGCUGGUCUGAGGGCAAUGCCACCACUCACUCCCUAUGGAUCACUUCCACUUUUGGGUUGUGUCAAUGACAUGGUAGGUGGAAAUAGUAAAUGCAAAUACUGGUUUUUCGGAGGGCUUGGUUCAAGAGGAUUGCUGUACCAUGGUUGGCUUGGGAAGUUGAUGGCACAAGCUGUGCUUUCUUGUAAUGAACGGUUAAUCCCAUCUGAAUUAACCUCAUGGAAGAAUAUAAACAGAUAGUAAUAAAAUUAUUAUUCAUCUGUGUUUUUUAGCGCCAAA